AUGCCUCCAAAACACCAUAAGGGCGGAGGAGGACGGUAUUACAAAGACGAAGGUCUAAGGAGAGGAGGACGAAGAUAUUAUUCUCAGUACAACAACUAUUCUUCUUAUAAUUCUUAUCCUACAAACCAAAGUCCUUAUUCGCAACCCUCAACCCCUUCUCCAUAUUUUCAGCCUUCAACUGCUUCUAACCAGACACAACCAUCAACACAAAGUCCAAAUGGACAGCAAAGUGCAAACCCCUUUUCAUCACGAAGGAGUGAUACAGUGUCUUUAAACAAUGUCAAUGUUCCACAUCAGGACUAUAAAUCCGCAACUAACAACUGGUAUUACAAUACUUCACAUGGUAAGCGGUCUAAUGGUUAUCUAGGAAAUCGACCCCGCUCUACAUCUACUUUAACAACACAACAUUCUAGACGAGGUAUGUCAGGAGUUUAUAGAGAGGAUAACCAAAGAUACCCGGAUUAUAAUGGAUAUAGCCCCUAUACCAAUUCCCACGACAGCUAUCCUGGCAAGCCUCCUUUUGGUAAGGGAAAGUAUUAUCUUUCCAACCACUUGGAUGAAUACAGAGAUUUUAAUUCUCAUCGACAAGAAUUGGAGAGAUUUCCCAGUAAAGUUGAAUCUACAAUUCCAAAGUCAGAAGAUGAGCAAUCGUAUGAACCUGAAGUCAUGGAAAGGGAAGUCAAAAGAGAGGUUUUAUAUAAGGAAAACGGUGCGCUAAGUAAGGUUCCAACUAAUAAUGAAAUGACGGAAACUCAAACAGAAAAUGUCGAAGGAGAUACAACUGACAAUCCAAAACUAACUGUUGAUGAUAAACUUGCUUUGGAUUCAAGAAAUGACAAUAUGAUCACCGAUCAAAUAAAAGAGGCUAGUGUGCUGCAUGAGAAGGAACCAAGUGAGAAAGAGAAUCCAACUCUACAGGAAAACCUCAGUGUGCCUUCGCAGGAAGACAUUGCAUCGACCAGAUUAGACACAGCAGUCACUGAACAACCUGUUACUAAAAAUGAACCUUCAAUGGAGAAACCUCAAGACGGUAUAAAGAGUGAAUCUAGUGAUGUACAUAGUAAUCUUGAUGAAUCUUCUCAUCCCGAGAAGAAAAAAAUUGAAACUACAUUCCAAACAGGCGAAGAUGGAUACCCAGAGAUUGAGGGUUGUAUUUUUCCAAUGUUGAAAAAUGAGUACAGAGUUUGGGAACUAAAGCAUCACCCAAAAUCAAAAAGAAUACAAAAUUUAAAGUAUCUGAAUGAAUCAAAAUUGACAAGGUUAUCUCAAUAUAGUUUUUGGAAUAAAGCACUUUUGGUAUUUCAGCAGGCUGAUGCAUUUUUACUCUUCAACAGUUUGAAGGAAAUCCAAACUGACGUUAAGAAAAAGGAAACAAAGCUACUUGAACAUUUUGUCUACCAAAACUAUAUUUGGAAGAAAGCUGUAAGCUUUUGCGAUAAACAGUUGGAGGAAGUUUAUGGUGUUCCAGAAAAAGAACCCCCAAAAGUCGAGGAGAAGCCUGAGCCAAGGUCACAUACUUCAAGAAGAAGUAGGCAUCAUGGUGAUUCAGUCAGAACCGAAGCUGAGUUCAUGGAAAUUUUAGCGACAUUGGAACAAGAAAGGGAACGUGAUCCGUUGAUCAAGGCCCAGUAUGGUGCAGCCAUAAUUCCUGAUAUGAUAAUGGAUCCAAUUGAAAAAUAUGCCAUGACUAGAGUUAUGGAUUCCAACAAUCUAAUCAAGGACAAGGAAGCAUGGGCCAAACGUAUUAUUACAGAUCCAAUUGAUACAUUUACAGAGGUAGAACAUGAACGUUUUUGUGAGCUUUAUGCACUUCACCCUAAAAAAUUUGGUCGUAUAUCCUAUGAAAUGGGUGGUUUAAGAACUAGUGAAGAUUGCGUUCUACAUUAUUAUAAUACUAAGAAAACAACGAAUUAUAAACAGUUAGUUGCAAAUAAGAACAAGAAGAACAAGAAGAAAGUUGCCAAGAAAAAGAAGGAUAACAAAGGCAGAGCAGAAACAUCUACCCCAGAUACCUCAACUGUUGAAAAUGAAGUUCAGAAGCAAGCAUCAUCCGUUAAACCCGAUAUUGAUGAAUCUGGUAGUGAACAAGGGAACAAACGUAAAAUCUUGACGAUUGACAUUCCCAUGAAACAAAGAAAAGUUUCUCAAGAUUCCCCUAUAAAUUCUACAGGCACCGAUAGUAUUGGUAUUAUAGUGCCACCACCGAAGGAAUCUGUCACUCCAGUUACAGAGACUCCGAAAGUUUGUGCAAUCAAGAAAGACAAUUUAAACAGUUCACUUUUAGAUGUUAAGUCUGAAUUGACUGAGACAGAAACAAUAUCUCAUAUUGGAACUCAAGACUCUUCGCACCAUAGUAACAUCCAAGGGACAAAUAUCGACGAACCUCACACACAAUCUACUGCUGAAACAUGUAUUGAGGACAGGAAAGCAAAGAAACCCAAAAAACAUGACGAAAAACCUCAUCAUAUUUCAAGUUAUUGGAGUGUACACGAUAUAAAUAAAUUCCCUCUCUUGCUUGAACAACAUGGCUCAAAUUGGGAACGUAUUGCUGCAGAACUAGGUACUAAGUCAUCUACAAUGGUUAAAAAUUACUACCAGAGAGGAUUAGUAGAUCAUCCUGAAUGGCAGGAAAUUGUUAAAUUGAAGAAAGAGUCUGAUGGCGCUAAACAAGAUAAUCACGCAAUACAGCAAGAUACCAUGUCUCUUAAAGGUCCAUCGAUGGGCUAUUUUUACAAGCCAAACAAUGGAUAUUCCAGCCAGUUCCCUUAUACUGCGACAGUGCCUCAAAUUUCGUCGCAUGUUCCUUCGCAACAAGUUAUGUCUUCUAUUCCUGUAGAAGGCACUAUUCACAACCCUAAACUUCCCUCACUGGAAUCAAUAAAUGAUGCUAAUCCAGUUUAUAGGCCAAUUGUGGUCGAUAAUUUCCCCUCUAUAUCAACAGGAAUACAAAAGCUGCCACUGCCGCCUCACCAAUUUCUAACGAAGCCACCACCUGUACAUAGUUUACCUAUUCCAUCCACUCGAAAUAAUAUCAUGAACAUGUCAUCGUUGUUGAAUGCUAGUGCCGUUAAUGACGAAAUGAAUCAAAUGGCUGUUCCGAUUGCCCAUGGUUUACCUCAUAUGAACACCUCCUACCAUCAAUCUCAGGCAGCAGACGGACGCCUGAAUCUUAUGAAUCUACUGAACAGUCCUACCAACCCCCGUGGCGACGAAAAGGUGCCCCAGGUUCCACCGUUUGUAAAUAGCCAAUCUACAUUCCAACCAAGUAUUAGCAGCAUGAUGAACCCUCUCCAGCAACCACCUAUAUUAGAACAGCAUACAGUCUCACCCAGUCAGCCACAAAUGCAACAAGAAAAACCGCUGGAUCAAGUACCACAACAAAGAAAUGCUUAUACAGGAGGGACCAGCGCAUUGGAUGCCUUAGCACGUAUUGCUUUUGAAAGAAAAUAA